UCCGGCGCUGCCGCCAUGGCGGAGCCCCGCGGCUCCUUCCGCCUGCUGCGGGCCGGCCCGGGCCGCUACCUCUGCUACUGCCCGCCCGGGCCCGGGCCCGGAGCCACCGUGUAUGUGACGGACGCGCUGGAGGUCUGGGCCGGGGAGCUGGGCGCCUGCCCGCCGCUCUCAUGUGGAACCCGCGGGCCGGGGGCCGUGGCGCUGAGCCUGGGCGAGGGGAAGGCGACGCUGCAGCUGCCGGGGGGAGAGCCCUGCUCGGCUCUGGAGCUCUACAAGCUGCCGGUGGCCGAGGCGAAGAGGCAGCUGCAGACGCUGGUGUUGGGCAUGGCAGAGCGUAUGGAGAGCCUGGAGAGACGCCUGGAAGAGGUGGAAGCAUUAGCAUCCUCCUGCAGCCCUGAGAAGAACGCUGCCCGGAGCCAGCACCAAUUCCUGCCAGAGGGGCCAGGCCCAGCGUGGUGCCCUCGGGGAUGCACCGUGCUGGGGGCAGAGCCUGUUGCCAGGCUGCUGCCAGGCUCAGGAGGAGGAGAGGCUUUGCUGCUGUGCCAGGCCAGAGCCCAUGGCAGCUCUGUGGCUCACCAGCUCCUUUGGGAGAGGACACCAGGCCUGGCCCUUCCUUACCCUGAGGACCCCAGCCCCAGGAAGAACAAGAAUCCUGGCUCAGCUUUGCUGGUCAAGAGGAAGAUCCCAGGAGAGUCUCUUAUUAACCCAGGCUUCAAAAGCAAGAAGGCACCGUCUGGAGUGGAUUUCGAGGACUCCUGACCUGUGCUGCCCCAUCCCCCAGUGACAGCCCCACCAGAGCCUUGUCAGCCACGUGUGGAGGAGGAUUCACUGCACCCUGGGCCUGCUGAGCUCCCUCUGCCCGGGGAGCACAGGGCAGCAGCCAGUGCCUGGCAGGCCUGGGCGAGUGGCAGGUCCUGGCAGGGCCUUUGUGGGGGACAGACUGGGCAGGAGUGACAGAAGUGGUGGCUUUUUCCCUUGCAGCUCUUUCCUGCUGGCAGGGGCUGCCUCUCGACCCCACUUGCCAUGAAUUGGUGGGGUUUUUAAAGAACUGUGCUAUUGCCAUGGAACAAAAGGAUCCCCCGUGCUUAACUCAGUGCAGUAAAGGUGCUUUUAGCCCCCAGGAACCGG